AUGACGGGGAAACCCUGCAAAGUUUUCAAUUACACACGCCAGAAAUCCUAUGGCUUGGCGGUCCCGUCUAUAGAUGAACUCAAAAUAAAGGGAAGGGAGUCCCUUGGAUUGAGCCCGAGCUCUCCGGUUACAGUGGUCCUUGAAGAUGAUGGGACGAUUGUAGAGGAUCAAGCCUACUUUAUGUGUUUACCACUGAACACUAAGUUUAUGCUUUUGACUGAAAAAGAAACGUGGUCUCCACUUAAAAAGAUGGACGGCGGCACAGCCUGGAUGGCCCGGGACUCUAUGGUUAUGGAUACAGAUGUGGUUGACGCUGGCUUUUCUCUCUGGGUGGAUUUAGCUCAGCAGCUGAAGCAGGACUUGGCAAGCGUCAUCCUCAUGUCAGAUUCAGAUUUACAGAUGUUGAUAGACGUCUCACACACUGAUUUGGCCUCUACUCUGGGCUAUGAUGAGAAAAAGACUAAAGACCUUCAGGAGUCACUGCAAAGAUAUUUGGACGGAAAGGAGGAAGAGAGACAAUCUAAAGAGAUUCUCCAGCUUUACCUGAAAACCAUGAAUUCAGGGACGGAAAAUCAAGAGGCAGAGGCUGGAGACCUGGAUGUCCCAGAUGGGAUGGAGAUGGACGUAGAAUCUGGGUUCUUGUCCCGUACAAUCAUGGUUCUAAAAGGAAAAACUGUCCCUGAGACCAGACUCUCCACUGAAGACCUUCAGCUGGUGGUGAGCCGAGGAGUGGAAGCCAUGGAGCAGAUUUUGGGCUGGGAAAGGAGCCGGACAUUGUCUCUGCUGGAGGCGUCAGCCAAAGACAGAACAACACAAUCACACAGCGGAACACAGCGGCUCAGAGAGACCAAUAGCCAUAUGGAACGGGGAGAUGCCAAAACUAAUUACCAUUAA